AUGAAAGGUGCACCUUCCGUGCGUGCGCCCCUCAAGGCCGCCGCUCAAACCACUAGACUAGUGAGCGGCACUAGCAACUCUCGAUCAUCAGUCGCCUCAGUUUCAGCCGCCAACGUAUGGCCACAAGCAAAAGCUUCGCCUGCGCAACCCCGCAAGGCACUGGCAGCACCCCUAUCUAAGCUGCCGUUGUCAUCUGUUCUCCGCUCGUUGCUGGUCUUGUCUGUUUCGUCAUCGUCUCUUCUUCUCAAGCCAUGCAUCUACACCCUUUCUUUGCUGGCUCACCCUCGCAACGCAUUCUGGGAUGUCUCCAAAAACCCCUUGCUGAACAUGCUUGUCAAGCACACCAUCUAUAAACAAUUUAACGCCGGAGAGAAUAAAGUCGAAGUGCAAAAUUCGAUCAACCAAAUUAAACAGCUCGGAUGCCGAGGUGUACUUCUCGGAUAUGCUCGAGAGGUCCUCGUUGGCGAGAACUCGGAUGCCCCAUAUGACGAGAAGGCUGCUCUGGCUGAAAUCCAAAUGUGGAUGGAUGGCACCCUGCAGACAGUUGACAUGGCUCAGCCCGGAGACUUUGUCGCUUUGAAAUUCACUGGAAUGGGCAACGACGCCCUUCGCUUGUUGCAGUCUCAGACUAUGCCCACAGAGACCAUGGACAACUCUAUUCUUAAGGUCUGCGAUCUCGCCAUCUCUCGUGGAGUGCGCCUUCUAGUCGAUGCCGAAGAGCAGGCCGUGCAGCCUGGCAUUGAGGCCUGGAUCAUGAAGUAUCAGAAAUACUGCAACUCCCAGACCCCCGGCCGUGCGAUCUUCUACGGAACUUACCAGGCCUAUCUUCGCUCUACACCUGCUACUCUGGCCCGCCACCUUGAGACUGCUCGCGCUGAGGGAUACACACUUGGCGUCAAGCUGGUUCGCGGCGCCUACAUGAAGACUGAACCCCGUCACCUCAUCUGGGCUGAGAAGGAGGAGACCGACAAGUGCUACGAUGAAAUCGUCGAGGCCCUUCUCACUCGCAAGUACAACUCCAUGCUCAAGGCUCCCUCACAGGACACCCCAACCGAACUUCCUCCCCUGAAUGUCAUCAUUGCUACUCACAGCCGCGAGUCUGUUCGCAAGGCUCAUGCUUUGCGCAUGGAGCAGGCUACCCGCGGCGAGGAUUACGGUGUCGACGUCAGCUAUGCCCAACUCCAGGGUAUGGCUGAUGAGGUUAGCUGUGAAUUGCUUCAAGGAUUCGAGAGCGCCGAGAACAGUGUUGGCGCUACCCCCAUGGAUGCCCCCAACGUCUUCAAGCUGUUGACCUGGGGCUCUGUCCAGGAAUGCAUGGGUUUCUUGCUUCGUCGCGCCGUUGAGAACACCGAGGCCGUUGGUCGUACUAAGGACUCUCAGAUCGCCAUGUUCGCCGAGUUGAAGCGUCGUUGCGGCAAUGUCUUCCGCAGCAGCAAGUAG